AUGCUACUGACUUUUACUUUACCCAAAGAAGCUACAUCAUUCUACGGAGCUUCUGAUACAUCAUUUGAUACUGGUAUCGAUAGUUUUAUGAUAUCGCAACAUCCCUACUUGUGUCUCAACUGGAUGGACAACAUUCUUCCCAAGUUCAUUCAAAUCGUGAUGAAUCUGUUGGACGCACUGAAGACUUCAUUCUCGCAUCGGUCGUUGACCGCCCGUUCGAUGGGCAAGCGCGAUUCAGUGAGUGACGCCACCGUUGCCGGUCUCUCCCUGUUGAAGGGCUACGUGCGCACCUACCGCAACGCGGACGACAAGUGCAUGCAGCGCUACAUUUGCGAGGCCAACACGGAAUGCGUGCGUGAAAUCGGCGGCGCAAGCAUCUUCUGCCAACUGGGAUCGUACGCGACCAGCUACUUCCUGGAUCGCACCAGCGAUGGGCACUUCGAGCAAUUGUACGACGCCGGGCGUAGAGGGCGUUCCGGUUACGACUGUCAACAACUGUUUCUUGAGUGCAAUGAGGUUUAGAAUCGACGACGCAAUGAGCAUGCAGCAUGCUGAUUCCUGCGAUAUUUGGACGCAGACUUACUUAUUAACGACUGGACUCUUGGUUUAGGCUGUAACUCAGCCGGAUGACAAUAGGGAAACACAAACACAUACAUACAUACUUACAUAUAAACCCGUUAGAUAAAGAAAUAAGUUAUUUUAGUUGGCACACACGAGUAUCUCUAUUUGGUUUCGCGUUAAGAAUAGUUUACAAAUUAUGAAUUAUUUAUUUAUUUAUUUUUGUGCGACAAAACAGAAUUACAAGUGUCUUCUUACACACUCGUGCAAAAUUAGG